GUUUAUCGGGUCGGUAACUACGGUUAGGGUCAAAGUUUUUAUUCCUGUCGGGUCGGGUCAAACUUUUCGUCCGAGAGGGGUCGAGUCCAAAUUUUUAAGACAUCCUGAUCCAAUUGCUGGGUGCCCUAAUAAGAGGAAGAAGAAAGAAGAAUGUUUCCCUCCAAAAUGGAGCCGCACAUGAAGUUGCUGGCAUUCGAUUUCACCUCCCUCACGCAAACCCGUUCACACUCCAAGUCAUUCACCCGCAAAGGAAUCCCCAUCUCGCGUGUGGAGAGCCUCGGCACCGUGGUCUCGCGGGAUUUGAAACCCAGCCGAUUCCUCAAAUUCAAACUCGACGACGGCACCGGUUGCAUCGCUUGCAUCCUCUGGCUGAACCAGCUUUCGUCAAACCAGAACCCAUCAACAGUUCGACUGAUUGCACAGGUGGCUAACCAUUUGGCCGAGGAGAUCAAAAUGGGGAGAGUGGCUAGAGUUCGUGGCAGGGUUACUGGUUAUAGAGGUAGGAUUCAGAUCACCGUCUCAGAUAUUGUAAUUGAGAGGGAUCCCAACGCUCAGAUCCUGCACUGGUUGGAGUGUAUAAGGCUAGCACGUAAGGUUUUAGAUUCUUGCAAAUAAUUUUUUUUUUUUUUUGUUUUUGCUAAUCUUUCUCCCAAGAAACAUAUAGAUUGAUAUGUAAUUUUGUUUUUGGAAAUAUAAGGUUAUUGAAAAUUUCAA